AUGCUGGCCUCUUCCCUGCAGGCCAUCGUCGCUCUGCCGGUCGACAACUCCGAUGUCAUCGAGGUUACCGCCUGCAAGAAGCCCAGCAUCCCCCCCUUCAACUCGGCCACCUACUACAAGGACGCCCUGGCCGUCCAGAAGGACGCCAACCGCCUGCGCGCCACCCUGUCCAGCCUCCUGCACAAGGGCACCUACAAGCACAGCUACUCCUGCGUGUGGGACAUCCUCGACCAGGCUGACCAGGUCGCCGGCAGCCCCAGCCACGUCAACCUGAUCUACUCCCAGCAGUCCUUCCCCAAGUCCCAGAAGGACACCGGUGGUUCCGGCUCCUACUGGAACCGCGAGCACGUCUGGGCCAAGAGCCACGGCUUCCCCUCCGAGAGCAUGGUCGCCUACACUGAUGCCCACCACCUGCGUGCCUGCGAGAAGAACGUCAACUCCUACCGCGGCGACCGUGACUUCCACGACCAGGGUAGCCAGAUUUGCCUGAACCCCUACAAGGGCUCCCUCUCCGGCUGCAAGGCCAUCGGUACCUCCGCUUCCGGCACCUUCGGCCCGCCCAAGGGCAGCCGCGGUGAGGUCGCUCGUAUGAUCUUCUACAUGGAGGCCCGUUACACCGGCCAGUCUUCCAACACCCCGGCCCUCACCAUCGUCAACUCCGGCACUUCCUCCGGUCAGCCCCGCCUUGGUUACCUCUGCCGUCUGCUCGCCUGGCACCGUGCCGAGCCGGUCAACGCCCUCGAGCGCCAGCGCAACAACGUCAUCUACAGCUGGCAGGGCAACCGCAACCCCUUCAUCGACUACCCCGCCUGGGUUGAGACCCUCUGGGGCAAGAAGUGCUAA